GGGAAGAUAGAAAAGCGGAGGGGAUUGGCGAUGUCUGUCUGAAUCGUCUGUAUCUCUCUGACCACUCACUGUAUAGACUCCAUUCUGGGCCGGAGAUUCCGGAACUGGGCCGUCGAGCGCUAACGGGCCGAGAGUGGUCUUCUCGAGCACCUGUCGUUCUUCCUUCAGGGAGAGGUUGGAGCCGUAGGGGAAGCAGGGCUGACAGGGUUGCGGCUGCGGCGCAAGGACGCCGAGAGGACUAGGGUUUAGCCAUGGCGGCCGAGGAGCAGACUCCUUGUACCAAGCCCCGCCCCGACAAGGCCAAGAAGCGGAAGAAGCCCAAGAAGGACAAGUGGGGCCAACCUAUCGCCACCGCUGAGGAGCCGUCGGUGGAGCCGGAGCAAGAGCACCCGGCGGGGGAAGUUGAGGCGGUGGUACAGGUGGACAAGGAGGAGGAGGAGGCGACUGCGGCGGCGGAGGGCUAUGAGUUUGGCAAGGUGGUGGCCAGCGGCAUGCCCUACACGACCACCGAGGCGGACAUCCGGAAGCUGUUCGAGUUCUACGGGCCCCUCCAGUCGGUGCAGCUCUCUCGCUUCCCGGACUCCGGCAACUUCCGCGGCCUUGCCUUCAUCUGCUUCGAGACGAACGAAGAUGCAAUAAAGUCUCUUGAGCUUGAUGGAUUCAAAAUUGGCAGCAGAUACAUGAGGGUUGAAAGGUGCAGGGUGACGGCCACCUCAAAUAAGAAAAGGAAGGCAGAGUUCCAAACCGACCCCAAGAAGUCCGAAGGCUGCCUCUCGGCAUAUGUUGGCAAUCUCUCAUGGAAUGUCACUGAAAAGGACUUGCGAGAUUUCUUCAGAUCAUCAAAGAUUGCAUCAGUAAGGUUCGCCAUCGACAAAAGAACUGGAGGUUCUCGUGGCUUCUGUCAUGUUGAUUUUCAAGACGACGAGUCGCUCGAGAAAGCCGUAGCGAUGAACCAGUCUGAACUGCAGGGUAGGCCUGUCAAAGUCGCGUAUUCAGUCAGUAACAGGGGCUGAAGAGCAAAGAUUACUCGCCACCGGUGGUUUGUACUAGUGAGCUUGUAGUGUUAUGGUUUUGCUCCCUCAGUUUUGGUAAGGCUUUUGCUGCUUGAAAGAUGAUUUUGGAACCAAAUCCAUGGUGACAAUUCUUGCCCCAAACAUAUGGCAAAUGUAACCCUUGUGUAACAAGUACGAGUUUGGUAAACCUGCAUCUCAUGGUUUUGUCACUGAAUGAAUGUUUUCGGCAGGUUUUUUUUUUU